CAAGACUGCUUGGUGGAGUGUGAGCUAAGUCGGAGUGUAGUCAGGCGUCUCUGCCGCUUUUCCCUGCAUUGCGCACAGCUCUGGGUAUGGCGGCCUCAAGGCAGGACCCAGUCUUCGAGCUCUAGAGCUUUGCUCGCGCGUCCUCAGCGCUUUACGAGGAAAUUGGCGCAAACCCCGCGGAGAAUCAUCUAGAAAGAGUAGAUCUAACCAGCUGGUAACCAUGAGUGAAUGGACGAAGAAAAGCCCCUUAGAAUGGGAGGAUUACGUUUACAAAGAAGUGAGAGUGAUAGCCAGUGAGAAGGAGUAUAAAGGAUGGCUGCUAACCACAGACCCAGUCUCUGCCAACAUUGUCCUCGUGAACUUCCUUGAAGAUGGCAGACUGUGUGUGACUGGAAUUAUGGGACAUGCUGUGCAGACAGUGGAAACUGUAAGCGAAGGGGACCACAGAGUAAGAGAGAAGCUGAUGCAUCUGUUCACAUCUGCAGAUUGUAAAGGGUACAGCCCUGAGGAUCUGGAAAAGAAGAAAACCAGCCUAAAGAAAUGGCUUGAGAAGAACCACAUCCCUGUCACUGAAGAGGGAGACGCACAAAGGACUCUCUGUGUGGCUGGGGUUCUCACUAUAGACCCACCAUAUGCUCCAGAAAAUUGCAGCAGCUCUAAUGAGAUCAUUCUGUCCCGAAUUCAGGAUCUUAUUCAAGGCCAUCUUUCAGCUUCCCAGUGAGAGGCUGCGCACGAGGAGCACACUGACUUCACUGUUUGGUUCUGUGUUAAAUUCUUCCAGUGUAAGUUGAUUAUAUUACAAGACUUCAAAGCACAUGACUGCUAUGUGUAUAUGCGCACAUUUUUUUUUUCUUUUUCUUUUUUUCGGAGCUGGGGACCGAACCCAGGGCCUUGUGUUUGCUAGGCAAGCGCUCUACCACUGAGCUAAAUCCCCAACCCCAUCUGCACACAUUUUAAGUUUUUGUUUAGGUCAAAUCAGAGGAAGUGAAGGCACCAGAACAGUGUCCCUUGUCCUGAAAAGAACACAGGAGAGUCAGAUUUGGAAGGAGAUUUCCUUGCAUGGGAUUUAAGAUAAAUCACCCUAUUUGUGAGACAAGGGUGCAUUCUGAAUAGGUGUAACAAUGUGAAAUAAAUUUAUAAAUUUCAAUAUAAGCUAUUAAAGUAAAAAUCAGUCUCAGGUUC